AUGGUCGGGGGCUGGAUGGGCGGGGGCGGGGAGGAGGAGAGGGAGAGAAUGGGGGAACUUGGAGAGGAGUGGACAGGCAUUCAGAGGCACAUUGUUGCUGAGGCAAUGUGGAGGAGACCAGUUUCCAAGCUGCUCGGCCCCAAUGAUAUCCUGCCAUCUGUCACUGCGUCAGAGUUCGCCGCCCGGCGCAGGGCAGUCAUGUUCCGCCUGCCACGUGGCAGCGUGCUAGUGGUGGGCGCGGCUCCAGUGCGCUACAUGGCCGGCAUCGUGCCGUUCCCCUACCGCCCAGACUCAGAUUUGAUUUACCUCACGGGGUGCUGGCACCCGGCUGUGGUGGCUGUGAUAGAAAGCGAUGGGGGGAGUGGUGCUGCGGAUGGGGGGAGCGGUGGUGCUGAUCUGGGAAAUAGUGCUGGUGGUGGGGGGGGGGCUUUGGACCCCCCUGCUGCCACGGCCUUCUUUAAACCUGACAGAGCCCUGUUUGUGGAUUCUCUUAAUGAGUACCUGCUGGAGGCUCAACAACGCAUCUCAUCCCACCGACUCUCCUCUUCCUCCUCCCUCCCCUCCUCUUACUCUUCCGACCGCUCUCCACCUCCUCGCUUCUACUGUGACCAUCGGGCCAAUCACGAUCUGAUUGCUACAGUGCCGGUUCUUGCCGCUGAGCUGGCGACCGGGCGGCUGCUGUCGUCCCGUAGCGUCCUGGACGAGCAGCGGUGGAUCAAAUCCGAGGCGGAACAGAGGCUCAUGCGUCGGGCGGCUGAGAUUACAGCAGAGGCCUUCCUAACAGCUAUGAGGCAGUCAGCAGCCGUGGCAACAGGAAGAUGGGGAGCAGCAGGAGGAGCAGGAGGGUUCGGUUUUGCUGCCUCCCGUGAAGAUGGGCACAUGGGGGGGUCGUUGCCCCACGAGGGGCACAUUUCUGCGCUGAUCGAGUUUGAGUGCAAGCGACGGGGAGCGCAGCGAUUCGCCUACCCCCCAGUGGUGGCAGGCGGCAGCAGCGGCUGCAUCGUCCACUACCUGCGCAACGACAGGCCAGUGCAACCAGGGGAGCCGUUACUGGUGGAUGCGGGCUGUGAGUACUUCGGCUAUGCCUCAGACAUCACUCGCGUGUGGCCGCCCUAUGGGAAAUUCUCCCCCGCUCAGAGAGCAGUGUACGAGGCGGUGCGGGAGGCGAUGGUGGAGUGCAUUGCCAUGUGCCGGCCGGGGGCCACUCUGAGGGACAUUCACCAACACUCGGUCAUAUCUCUCUCAUCAGCCUUGGUGCAGCUGGGAGUGUGCCAGGGCUCGGCACAGCAGGUGGCAAGAGGAGCAUUCCGGCAGUUCUACCCGACCUCUGUUGGGCACUGGUUAGGGCUGGACACACACGACUGUGCAUCCGUCUCCUCCUUUCAGCCGCUCAAGCCUGGUGUGGUGCUGACAAUCGAACCAGGCCUCUAUCUCCCGGACAUCGACCAAGUGCCAAAACAUUUCUCCAACCUACCCGCCCUCAUCCCUGUCUCUCGCCUUCACUUUCCCAUCCUGCGGGUCAAAGGCGUGCGGAUAGAGGAUGACAUUUUGAAGCUGCUAGUUGUUCUCCUCAUUGCAUCCUUUCCCUACCGUGUGUGUCUCUCCGUCUCCUUCACCUACCGUGUGUGUCUCUCCGUCUCCUUCACUCCCUCAGCCUGCGUGGCAUAG